GGUAAAAUUAUGACCAAUGGCAGAUUGACGCCUUCUAAGUGUGUGUGUUCAAAAAAGGCUACGGCUCUUCUGUCGGUUCUGUCAGCUCUGUUCUUCGGCUGUGCGUGCUGCAAGAAUUCUUGAAGCGGCAGUAGCUCAUUUUCGCAGUUUCUCCUGGCUUGUUUCACACCGCCAUGGCUACGAAAAAGCUGGGUAACCAGCACAUCCAAGUUUUCGUGCGAUGCCGGCCUCCAAAUGCGAUGGAGAAACGGAAUGGCUUCGUCAGAGCUGUCGAGGUCGUACCAGAAAAGAAGGAGAUCCUCGUAAAUGACCGAGUCAUCCCGGAACGGACCCUUCGCAAAUCGUUCACGUUCGACAAAGUAUUUGGGCCUGAUGCAAAGCAGAUCGACGUGUACCGGGCAGUCAUGGAGCCCACCAUAGCCGAGGUCAUGAUGGGCUACAACUGCACAGUGUUUGCAUACGGUCAAACAGGUACCGGCAAGACCUUCACCAUGGAAGGCGACAGGUCGAACGUGAACUUGGGCUGGGCCGACGACCCCUUGGCUGGCAUCAUCCCACGCACACUGCAGCAACUGUUUGAAGAGCUUCAGUCGCAGGAUCUUGAGUUUACGAUCAAGGUAUCCUUCCUCGAGUUGUACAAUGAGGAGCUCUUUGACCUUCUCAGUGCUCACGAGGACACUUCAAGGAUGAAGAUCUACGAGGACUCUUCCAGAAAGGGCUCCGUCAUUAUCCAGGGCCUCGAGGAGAUCACGGUGCACAACCGUGAAGAAGUGUUCUUCAUCCUCCAGAAGGGCGCAGCAAAACGUCAAACUGCUGCUACACUCCUCAACGCAACGUCUUCACGCAGCCACACAGUUUUCUCUGUCACGGUUCACAUCCGUGAGACAACGGAUGAUGGCGAGGAGCUAGUAAAAACUGGCAAACUCAAUCUUGUUGACCUUGCGGGGAGUGAGAACAUUGGCCGCUCUGGGGCCAUUGACAGGAGAGCUCGUGAAGCAGGCAACAUCAACCAGUCUCUCCUGACACUGGGUCGCGUCAUAACUGCUCUGGUUGACAAGGCACCACAUGUUCCAUACAGAGAAAGCAAGCUGACUCGGCUUUUGCAGGACUCUCUGGGUGGUCGCACAAAGACUUCCAUCAUUGCAACCAUCUCGCCCGACAUGACUAAUCUGGACGAGACAUUGAGCACCUUGGACUAUGCUCAUCGUGCCAAGAACAUCACCAACCGUCCAGAGGUCAACCAAAAGAUGACCAAGCGGGCACUCAUCAAGGAGUACACAGAGGAGAUUGAGCGUCUUCGAAGGGACCUGGCUGCAACCAGAGACAAGAAUGGCGUCUUUGUGGACCAGGAGAACUACAGAAUGAUGGAGGUGAGGCUGACCAGCCAGUCGCAAGACAUCCUGGAGAAAGAAGCACAAAUUGAGUCCCUGAAUGUAAAGCUUUUGACAAUGACUGAACUCUUCGAGAGAACAAAACAAGAAGUUGCUGAAACGACCGAGCAGCUCCAGGCAACAGCUGCUGAGCUCCACAGCACAAAGAGAACCUUGGAUGCAACAGAGCAGGCGGGAGCACAGACGGGAGCAAUGUCGCCACAGACGGGAGCAAUCGUAUUGAGAUUCUGUGAUUGUACUGUUCAUACUGCCUUGCUCGCGAUGCCUGCCCUCGAAGGUAACUCCACAGGACGAAACAUCGGUGCGCUUGUUGUGGACACACUAACGAGCAAAAAGAUACCGCUCCAGAACUGCAUCGGCAUGGCGUGUGAUAACGCACCAGUCAUGAUUGGAUUGAAAAACGGAGUGGCUGCUGUGCUGAAAGAAAGCCAUGAGAACAUUGCCAUCAUGGGCUGUUGUUGCCAUUUGAUCAAUCUGGCAGCACAGAAAGGAUCAGCAUGCCUUCCACUUAAUGUGGAUGAGGUGCUAGUUGACAUUUUCUACUGCCUCGAGAAAAGCUCAAAAAUGAAGGACAAGCUGAAAGCUUUUCAGUCUCUCCAUGAUGUAGAGGCCAAGAAAAUUUUAAAGCAUGUCAGCACCAGGUGGCUCUCUCUCGGAAGGAGCCUUAAACGGCUUGUGGACCAGUGGCAGCCACUGCCACUGGCCCUCCGGGCAGCAACAGAGUACAUGAUCCUGAAAUUUCUACUGAAGUGUGCAGAAGUAGCAAGGCUUGCUUCCAUUGAACACGCCAGGUUUUCUGAUGUCAAGUACUUGAUCAACCGCUUCCCAGUGCUGUUACCACUUCAAGAGGGGCAAGAUGUGAAUUCUGCUCUGGACGACAUUCAGGCAGAGUUCACGCGUCUUCAGUUGGAAGAACUACCCGCUGAAGUGCUGUCCAAAACAAGUGUUGAGAAAGAAGAGCAGGCUUACCUUGUGCAAGCCCACAGCAAGACAGAGGCUACACUUACUGCAACUGCUGAGGAGUUGGUUGGUGUUGCAAAAACCACCACAAACGACAUUGACCUGCUGCAGCAAAAGCUUCAGCGCACGUCUGCCAUUGACCAGGCAAACAAGGAGCGGCAGUCUGCCUUUGUGUCCAGCUCGAGUGCGCUUUUCGGUCAAAUUGAAGCAAGUUUCACCGAACGGCUUGCUUCUCAGCGGGAUGUCCUCAGUGGCGUUGGGGGCUCACUUGCUUCACUGGGCAGCCUUGUUCAGCAACACCAAGCUGCUGUUGCUGCAUACACGUUGGAAGCCAAGAAAUUUGCUGACGAGAGUGCAGCCGCUGGCACUUCCCUCCUCUCUUCACUGCUGUCUACAGUGCAAGCUUCCCAGGAGCAGCAGGCGGCUCAGAUGGUGGCCAACUUGACCAACAACCAGGAAAGGCUGCAAAAGCUCUGCCAGUCUCUUGUUGCGGAGCGCAUGCAAGCUGCACAAAAGAAGCUGCAAGAGCUGGAGAAGCACCACUUGGCCUUGGGGGAGCAGGUUUCAUCUGUGUGCCACCUUGUCUCUGAUGAAGUCGCUGCACACUACAAGCAGCAGGUGCACCUUGUGUCAUCCAUACUGGAGGAAAAUGACAAAUUGCGUCGGGAGUUGGACACCAGCAAUGAAGAGAUCCAGAGGCUCUCGGCUGCAAUGGAGGCGAAAAGCACUGAAGCAAAGAAGGACAUGGCUGUUUUCAAGCAGCAGUUUGAGAAGUUCUCUCAGUCCUUCUUUGCAAUGGAGGCUGAACAACAAGACACCAUGGCCAAGAUGACUGGACUCUCUGCCACUGUUGCAAGAACGGGCAUCGCCGUGACAUCCGCCGUCAAGAACAAUGCAGAAUCACUGGUGAAGUCCUCUGAUGACCUUGUUUCCAGUGUGGCUGCUCUGCACCAAAAUGGUGCGAAGACAACAAAAGAUUGCUUGGCUAGGGCACAAGAGGCCUCCCGUGACCUUUCCAACAUCCACAAGGUGGUGGAAGAGAGAUUCUCUGACGAGGUGACUUCCACAUGUGAAUGUCUAGCGGAGCAGAAAAGAGCUGUCGACGAUCAAAUGGCAGCCUGCGCAAGUGCCGUAUCAGAAGCUGUCGGUGCAGGAACUGAUGUCGUACGAGGCCAAGCUGACAAGGCCAAGGCGUUGGCUGGCGAUUUGGAUGCCACUGUGUCCAACAGCUGUGACAAGCUUUUGUCCACUUGCCAUCACGGCACCGUACAGACCGCGCAAGCGCAGGACAUUUCCGAAGCUCUUCGCGCAGGCAUCGCCAACGACAUGGCAAAAUGCUCCUCGGUGGUCUCGGACUUCUUCCAGCAUGACCUGCAGGAGUAUGUACCCACUGGCUGUACCCCCCAGAGACGGGAAUACAGGUACCCGACGCAGCUGGCACAAACGUCGCCACAUGAGCGGAUUCUAAGUAGGCUGAGGACAACAGUGGAUUUUGACGCUGCAGCACGGCUAGCGCUUCCAUCAUCUGACGAGAUUGGCCUGACUCCACCACUGGCCAAAUCUGUUCCAUCUUCUUCUGGAUCAUCGACAGAGUCUCUGGCAUCCAAUCCAGCGCUGGACAACAAAGAAAACUCCACCCGGACUACCAAGACGAAGAAGCUGCCAAGACUGACAUCUAAAAAGCAACUGACACAGCGAAAUGCUUAGUACAUUUUAACAGCAUGAACCGUACAUUUUGUUUUUA